AUGUGGUUAGGGGGUGGGGGGAGGGGAGGGGGUGCUGGACUUCGAGAGUUUAUUGUUGUCAGGUUAACUCCUGCUCCUGCUCAUGCUCCUGCUUAUGCUCCUGCUCCUGCUUAUGCUCCUACUCCUGCUCAUGUUCCUAGUCAUGCUCCAAUUCUUGCUAUUGGUCACGUUCCUGCCCCUGCUUAUGCUCCUGCUCCUGGUCACGUUCUAGCUCCUGCUUAUGCUCCUGCUCCUGCUCCUGGUCACGUUCUAGCUCCUGCUUAUGCUCCUGCUCCUGCUGCAAUCAACGACGGCGAGACAGUCUUGUCUUGGCCAGACCGGAUUCCUCCGACAGAGCGCUCGAGUUUGGACAGCAGCGAGUCGGUCCAGGUGGGCUGA